AUGCGAUCCCACCCAUCAGCCAACAUAAACAACCUCUGGAUCACAGACACCCUACUUCACAACCUGGACCGCGCGCGUGAGAUCACGGACUCGAUCAGAGCCGAUCUGGACCAUGCAGAGCAUGUCCAAGAGCUCAGUAUCAGAGAAUGUCGUCUUCAUGAGGACGUCCUCGACGACAUGAAGCAGAGGCUGAGAAGCACUUCCCGCAUAUCAUUCCACUACGCUUGCCUCGAAGCAGAUUACCAAAGAAGCAUCGAUCAGUACAUCGCCGCCAAGGUGAGUAUGUCAGAUGCCCAUGCCGACAUCCGCGAGCUCUUCCGCAACCUAGGUGGAGCUUCGAGGACGGAGCGAGCAGCAGAGGACGAAUACCUGGACCAUCUCGACCAGAUCGAGCGGAGACGAGAUGAUGGAGCCCGGAGGCUGGCAGAAGAAGCCGAGCAACUGGCAGCUGAUGCGAUCUGGCGGCGGGAGAGGCAAGCGCGUCAUCGCAGACGAGCUAGUAGCAGGAGAAGAGAACGCGACUGGUUCAUCAGCCAACAAGCCGAAGACGAAGCAGACGAGAGACGCCAGGAUGAGAAAACUCGACAACGCGAAGAAGGCGCCCGACGCUUAGCAGAGGAAGCUUGUCGUCUGGAAGAAGAAGAAGAAGAAGCUCAACGCCAAGAAGCUCAUCAUCAAGCCGAACACGAAGCCCAGGAGCAACGUGAGCGUCGUCGUCGCCAACGAAGCGAAUCCUUCAGAGGGAAAGUCCCGAACUUCGCAUCCCGGCGUCCAGCUACUGGUCCAGCACAGGCAACCGCCGCCUCAACCUCAGCAGCCACCUUCUUCGCCGCAGCAGAAAAAGCCUUCGCCAACUACGCGGCCAUGACCGCCUUUCCCGAACCUCCCGCUAUACCAUGCUACAAAUGCCAAGCUGGUGCACAGCAGCGUGCUUUACAAGGCUGCGAACACAAUAUCCGCUCUACCUUCUCUAGCCUCUCGGCGGCGAAAUUGAAGCUCUGGCGGGCCAAGUUCCAUCCUGAUCGCUUCUGCGCGAUUGCGGACCUGAAGCUGAGGGAGGAGUGUAAGAGGAAGGCGCAGGAGGUUUUUGUUGUGUUGAGUGAGAUGAUCUCUUCUGCGGGUAAGUAA